GGCAAAUCUUCGCUACAGGCCUGUUAAACAUGAUUAAUCAUAUAGCAUAUUUACGGGUAUUCCAGCUCGACAGUACACCUCGAGUCUUGCCUUGGACAAUCACUGUCCAGGGCAUGGCAUCCCCUGCUGCAUUCACUGCCCCUAGAAUGCUCGAUGAGCGACGAUUGUUGGACACUCGCCCAGGAACUUUUUUCAUGCCUACAAUGAUAGAUGUAGCCUAUAGAAUUUCAUUAUUGAGAUACUUAAAAGUACCAAUAGACAAUCAGUGUUACCCUAGAAUGCAAAAAUAUAGUGUUCAGUGUUACAUAGGUUUUAUACUUUUAGUUUUAAUAUUUCAGUAUUAAAGAGUUAUUUUCAGAGGUACGCAUCUUAUCAUUGGCUGAUUGAGAGAUUUCAAAAUAACUUUGAAUAGCCUAGAAAUUGAUUGUCUUUAACUUGUAUGCACAAACAUCUGCUCCCUGGUGUGAACUAUAAAAUAUUAAUUCAUUGAAUAUUAAU